UGCAGGGUUCGAGCAGGAGCGGGGUGACAUGCAGAGCAUCGCGCGCCAUCACCGCCGUGUCCUCAGUGAUGUCCCCAGUGCUGUCCCCAAUGAUGAUGAUGUCAUUGUUGUCCCCAGGGUUCGAGCAGGAGCGGGGUGACAUGCAGAGCAUCGCGCGCCGUCACCGCCACGUCCCCAGUGAUGUCCCCAGUGCUGUCCCCAAUGAUGAUGAUGUCAUUACUGUCCCCAUGCAGGGUUCGAGCAGGAGCGGGGUGACAUGCAGAGCAUCGCGCGCCGUCACCGCCGCGUCCCCCACGUCCUGGCCAUGGCGCUGCCACCCGAGCGCGCCCAGGCCCUGCACGGGCACCGACAGCGGCGGGAGCUGCAGGGACAGCACUGCGGGGGCCCCGAGGAGCAGAGCUGCUGUGUCCGUCCCUUGUACAUCGAUUUCCGCCGGGACCUGGAGUGGAAGUGGAUCCACGAGCCCCGGGGGUACAUGGCCAACUUCUGCGGGGGGCCCUGCUCCUACAUCUGGAGCGCCGACACCCACCACACCAAGGUGCUGGCCCUGUACAACCUGCACAACCCCGGCGCCUCGGCCGCACCGUGCUGCGUCCCACAGAGCCUGGAGCCGCUGCCCAUCGUUUACUACGUGGGGCGCAAGGCACGCGUGGAGCAGCUCUCGGGGAUGGUAGUCAGCGCCUGCAAGUGCAGCUGACCCCAAAACCGCCCAAAAUCCACCCCAAAAAAUCCCCAUCCCACCCCUAAAAAUUUCUACAUUUACCCCAAGAAGUUCCUGGCUUUGUUGGACCAAUAAAUUUUAUUUAAUUUCUAA